GCCAGGCUACGAACCGGGUGGGUCCGCGUCGGUAGAGCCCCGCCAGCCCGCGUUCAUGCAGCCCCGCGGGCAAACCAUGUCCGCGCCCGGGCCCGCGCGCCCCUACGCCCCGCCGCGGGCUCUGCUCUUGCUGCUGCUGCUGCUGCUCACACUGCGGGGCGCGGCGGUGCCUCUCCAGGACCCCGCGGUGCCGCUCCAGGGCCCCAGGGGCACAGACGGCCCCGCGCCACCCUCGUGGGCGAUGCUGCAGCAGGCCGCACGCGUCGCGCUGCACUUCUUCAAUUUCCACUCCGGCUCGCCCAGCGAGCUCCGAGUGCUGGCCAAUGUGCAGACAGGCGGCUGGCAGGUGGAUCCACGGAGGGGCUAUCACAUCAACCUGGUGUUUAGCACAGAGUCCUACCACCUGCAGGACGGUAAGCCACGCUUGGGGAAAUGUUUUGCUCGAGUGUUUUUCCAGAAUCAGAAACCCAGGCCAGCCAUCACCAUGACCUGCACAGGGCUCAGUGAGAAAAACAGAACACUACAAGAGGAUCACCUGCUGUACGAGCAGCUGAAGCAAAUGAAGGAUGCCUUGACCGUGGGCGGCAUACCUGAUGAUUACGGACAUAUCGAUCCCUCAGUGAGACCCAUCUGGGACUUGGCCGUUCUUGGCAGCUCUUAUGUGAUGUGGGAAAGGACGACCCAGUUUUCAUACUACUACCCGUUACAGCUCAGCAGGGUGAAGCAGUGGAAAACCAGUGAUCAUGCAAUCGACUUCGAUUACACUGUCCUGCUGCAUGAAUUCCCAACACAGGAAAUCAUUCCCUGCCAUAUUCACCUGAUCUGGUACCCCGGCAAGCCACUUAAAGUGAAGUACCGGUGUGAAGAGAUACAAACCCCAGUCGAAGCUUCUUCUGGAACUGAGGAAGGAUCUGCUGUGGCACCAACAGAGUUUAGUAAUUUCUAAAAAACAAAAAGCUGAUUAUACCAAAUUCUAGACAAAAUGACUUUCCUAGCCUAAACAAUUAGUUUAGUUCUGGAGCCUGUGACUAUCAGCAAAAACUCAAAUGUAUCAGCUGCUGUUCAGCUGGCCUGUGUGGUCUAGCUCUGGGCCACAGGGGCAUGCUGAGCUUUGCUCAUGCUGGGCACCCACUAGCAGGCUUCUUGGAGUUUCAGCCCUGGAAUGUGAAAUCCAGGCAACCAGUAUCAGUACCUGCUGCAGAGGCUGAUAAUUAUUAAAAAAAAAAAAAAAAAAAAAAAAAAAGGUUUCAACUCUGAAUUUGCAUUUCUUACUCUUCUUAAUAUACUGUUAACUAUUUUAUGUCCCACAGUUGCUCCUAUCCUGUAUGUCAACAAGUAUAUUUUCAGUCAAAGAAAACUGUAGGGAAAAUAAUAACUGUUUAAGGAAUUCCACUGUUUUGUUACUUCAAGCAAGUAUUCCUUUUUAACUUGGCAUCUACUAUCUACUUUUAAAUAAAUGUUCAUAGUUCUAAAUAA